ACACUGUCUUCUUUUCUGAAAAGCUGAACACUUGUUUUACCUUCGUGUCUUGCCAUUCCUGUGAAGAAGAAGCGUGCCAUAAAACCCAGCACUUCUUGCAUUCUAGAAGGAGAGUACAGCAAAAUGGAUAUACCAAAUCCCCCAACUUCCAAAUGUAUCACUUAUUGGAAAAGAAAAGUGAAAUCUGAAUAUAUGCGACUUCGACAACUUAAGCGGCUUCAGGCAAAUAUGGGUGCAAAGGCCCUGUAUGUGGCAAAUUUUGCAAAGGUUCAAGAAAAAACCCAGAUCCUCAAUGAGGAAUGGAAGAAGCUUCGUGUCCAACCUGUUCAGUCCAUGAAGCCUGUGAGUGGGCAUCCUUUUCUGAAAAAGUGUACCAUAGAGAGCAUUUUCCCGGGAUUUGCAAGCCAGCAUAUGUUGAUGAGGUCUCUGAACACAGUUGCGUUGGUUCCCAUCAUGUAUUCCUGGUCCCCUCUGCAGCAGAACUUUAUGGUAGAAGAUGAGACCGUUUUGUGCAAUAUUCCCUACAUGGGGGAUGAGGUGAAAGAAGAAGAUGAGACUUUCAUUGAGGAGCUAAUCAAUAACUAUGAUGGGAAAGUCCACGGUGAAGAAGAGAUGAUCCCUGGGUCUGUCCUCAUUAGUGAUGCUGUUUUCCUGGAGUUGGUAGAUGCCCUGAAUCAGUAUUCAGAUGAGGAGGAGGAAGGGCACAAUGAUACCUCAGAUGGAAAGCAGGAUGACAGCAAAGAAGACCUUCCGGUAACAAGAAAGAGAAAACGGCAUGCUCUUGAAGGCAACAAGAAGAAUUCCAAGAAACAGUUUCCAAAUGAUAUGAUCUUCAGUGCAAUUGCCUCAAUGUUCCCUGAGAAUGGUGUCCCAGAUGACAGUAUCGAGAGCUAACAGAGAUGUCAGACCCCAAUGCACUUCCCCCUCAGUGCACACCCAACAUCGAUGGCCCCAAUGCCAAGUCUGUGCAGCGGGAGCAAUCUCUGCACUCCUUCCACACACUUUUCUGCCGGCGCUGCUUUAAAUACGACUGCUUCCUUCACCCUUUCCAUGCCACCCCUAAUGUAUAUAAACGCAAGAACAAAGAAAUCAAGAUUGAACCAGAACCAUGUGGCACAGACUGUUUCCUUUUGCUGGAAGGAGCGAAGGAAUAUGCCAUGCUUCACAACCCCCGCUCCAAGUGCUCUGGUCGUCGCCGGCGUAGGCACCACAUGGUCAGUGCUUCCUGCUCCAACACUUCAACCUCUGCUGUGGCUGAGACUAAAGAAGGAGAUAGUGACAGGGACACAGGCAACGACUGGGCCUCCAGUUCUUCAGAGGCUAACUCUCGCUGUCAGACCCCUACCAAGCAGAAAGCUAGUCCAGCCCCUCCUCAGCUCUGUGUGGUAGAAGCACCCUCCGAGCCGGUGGAAUGGACUGGGGCCGAAGAAUCUCUUUUUCGAGUCUUCCACGGCACCUACUUUAACAACUUCUGUUCAAUAGCCAGACUUCUGGGAACCAAGACAUGCAAGCAGGUCUUUCAGUUUGCAGUCAAAGAAUCACUUAUCCUGAAGCUGCCAACAGAUGAGCUCAUGAACCCCUCACAGAAGAAGAAAAGAAAACACAGGUUGUGGGCUGCACACUGCAGGAAAAUUCAACUGAAGAAGGAUAACUCUUCCACGCAAGUGUACAACUACCAACCCUGCGACCACCCAGACCGCCCCUGCGACAGCACCUGCCCCUGCAUCAUGACUCAGAAUUUCUGUGAGAAGUUCUGCCAGUGCAACCCAGACUGUCAGAAUCGCUUCCCUGGCUGUCGCUGUAAAACCCAGUGCAAUACCAAGCAGUGCCCGUGCUAUCUGGCAGUGCGAGAGUGUGACCCUGACUUGUGUCUCACCUGUGGAGCCUCGGAGCACUGGGACUGCAAGGUGGUUUCCUGCAAAAACUGCAGCAUCCAGCGUGGCCUCAAGAAGCACCUGCUGCUGGCCCCCUCAGAUGUGGCCGGAUGGGGUACCUUCAUUAAGGAGUCUGUGCAGAAGAAUGAAUUCAUUUCUGAAUAUUGUGGUGAGCUCAUCUCUCAGGACGAGGCUGAUCGGCGAGGGAAGGUCUAUGACAAAUACAUGUCCAGCUUCCUCUUCAACCUCAACAAUGAUUUUGUAGUGGAUGCUACCCGGAAGGGAAACAAAAUUCGAUUUGCAAACCAUUCCGUGAACCCCAACUGUUACGCCAAAGUGGUCAUGGUGAAUGGAGAUCAUCGGAUUGGGAUCUUUGCCAAGAGAGCAAUUCAAGCCGGCGAAGAACUCUUCUUUGAUUACAGGUACAGCCAAGCCGACGCCCUCAAGUACGUGGGGAUCGAGAGGGAAACCGAUGUCCUUUAGCCCUUUGGGGCCCCGCGCCGGCACUGUGGUAGCGGCACUGUCUUUGCUUCAUGCACACACCACUGCUGCUCGAGUUUCCUGCACUAUAUGUGUCUCCCACACUGAGAAACCCCCCACCCACGCCCUCUGUAGUGAGGCCUCAGCCGCAUCCACUGGGGAUGAAACUGUUCCGAUGAGAGAGGAGACAGAGACAUCUAGGCUCGGUCUCCCAGGAGAGAGAGUUGCAGAAGUGGGAGUGCAUCUCGGGCCUCAGAGGAAGAGAGCACAGGCUGGGGGCGGAUGCUUUAUGCUUGAUUUCUUGUCAGCGCCCCAGGCUGUGGGCCUCAGGUAUCAAUUUAGGCAGUUCCUAGCAAGUGUUAGCCUGUCAUUUCAGCUUCCCCUUGUGCAACUGGGGUGCCAGCUUUUCUCUGUGGCCCUCAGACACACAGCGGACAGGCUAAGCCAAGUUUGCUUCCUGGAUCCUACAAGCAUCUGGGUUAGAAGUGAGCCAGGCAGGCAGCAUAGACUGAGCUCAGAGGGAGAUGGGUCACCUUUCUACCUCUUCCCUCAUGGCAGGGUUCAGACUGAAAGAAUAAGGGUUCUAAGUACAGGUAGCCAAGGCUGAGGGAAGGAAAACUGAGUGCCAUCUUUCCAUGGACAGAGAGGGAGGACCAGCCUGAUGAUGGCAGCUAAAUGGCUUGGUUUGGGCCCUGGAGGCUUUGAGAACGCCUGUCCUGUGCAGCCUGGAGAUGGCCGAAGUGUUUUCGGAUUCCCAGGAGCACGUGCCAGUGCCCCGGCUCCUUCCAAGGUUCUGGUUUAGCAGCUGCAGGCAGGCGUAUACUGCUGUGAAGACACGUCAGGGUGUGCCUGGCUGGAUGGGAGUGCUCCGGUGCGCUGGAUCUGUAGUCGUUUCCACCCCUCAGAGAGGCUAGACCGAAGGGGCCAGUGUUGCCUCUCUUCAGGGUAGAUGGGCACAGACCUGGACCGGAGCAGGGAAAGGCGUGUGUGCUUUCCUGCCUGUAGCACCUCUGCUUGGAAGGUGAGUUGGCAGUGUUUGGAGGUGGGUGUUUAGGAUGGCACAUGUGCGGCAGAAGGUGUUUGCAGUGUUAGAAGCAGGCAGAUCACGCGUCCCAGUCCAGGGUUCCAUGCUCUCUGGGAUUCAUGCAGAGCAAAGCACUUUAAUUUUUUAGAAGGUCUGUAGAUUGGGAUGGAGUAUGAGCUAAGGCCUCUGGGGUCCCUGCCCAAAUCCCCCUCUUGAGGGAAGAGGGAAGGAAGGGGUAGUAGAAGAUUCACCUCCAGUCUGUCUCAUCUGGGGGAGGCAAGAGGAGCUGGCUUGACACAGAAGACUCUCAUGAGAAUGGGGCCAAGGAGAGCUGCCCCGCUGUGCGGCGCUGGCAGGGGAACAAGGAGCCCUGUGCUGGGUGGAGAGGCCUGGAGCUGUACAGGCUGGCUGAGGGAGUUCUAGAGCAGGGAGCAGGCUUCUCCCUUCCUUCUGAGGAACAGCCUCUCUUCCCAGUUCUGUGCUGACUGCACUCACCCUGGUUAUCCCAUGAAGAAUGUGAGUUCUGUGAAGGAAGAAGCAGGGUUCUUUCUGGCCGAGCUGCCUCAUAGAAACAGGUGUGGGACGUGCACACUGUGCAUGUGCACACACUCUCUCAUGUCCUCCUAGUCACCACACUGGUGGGCAUGCAGGCACCCUGCCCUCAGCACACGCCCAGCCAGCUCCCGACAGCGCCUUCUCCCACCUGGUUGGGCCAGCCCCCACCAUGGUUCUGAAAUCUACAUCUGCUGUGGUUCGUAUUCAUAGUGUAUAGCGGGGACACCCUCAGGCUGGACUCUGGGCUCUGAAUUACUCAUCAAUUACAGGGGAAACCCAGAGACAGAUGAAGGAGGAGUUAGGUCUGUCUGAAGUGGGAGGGGCUGGCCAUGCAGAAUACGUGGAAAACAAUUUUUUCUAGUUUUUGAUGGGCUAGACUGACCCCACCCUUCCCUCAGUGAGCAGAAUCACUGCGGCUGGUCCCCUCCGUCCUCCGUUUCAGACCACUGGUACUCCUGUUCCUCCAGCAUCCCCACCCUUUGUUCCUGCUGUCCCCACCUUUAAUGACGGGUCUCAGCACGCCCCCUCACCCCCCACGUCAUGAUGGAUGGAGCAGUGGUGGGCCUGGGGGCGAAGCUGGUAUACGUGUGGCUUUAUUGCCAGUGAAUUUCAUGCACUUUAAAGUCCUGUGGCUUGUGACCUCUUAUCUGAAUAAAGUGUUAGACUCCA